AAGCAUUAGAUUGGUUACAGAGCAUCUGACAGAGGAACACUUCUCUUACAACAUUCAUCCCUGACUUCAACACCAAGAUCCUAGAAGCAGGUGGUCAGUCUUGGGAGGAUUGAAUGAAGAUUAGCAUGCUCAAGAAGACAUUGACUUUCAAACUCUUACAGGCCCUUGUAAGCACAGAUGAAGACUCAACUUAUGAAGGCUUCUACACACAGCUCUGGACAAUGGAUGACUGUCUUACCAAGCUCAAGAAUAUACAGAACAGUGGCAGAAGACAUUACAUCCCAGUGACUCAUACACCCGCGCUGAGGAAUAACAAUGAUGCAGAUGCCAUGGAUUGA